CAUCCGUUGUCAGCAGCAAAGGCAGAACUCAUGCAAAGCAGCGACACGAGAACAGAAUAAGCCACUGGUUAUCCACGCGCGAUGCCCACCCCCUGCUUUCACAGAAGCCAAACAUUAUUCAUCUGUCACAGACUGCUCAGUACACGUAUCCUUUGGCUGGCUCGAGGACCGCAUCACUAUCCAAAUAACAACUUCACUGAAUGGAUGCCAUGUGUGUUUUAUUGGGGAAUAUUUCAUCACAUCGUGAAUGAAGUAUGUGACGGUGAAGGAGCAGUAUGGAGUGCUCGUGGAAGACUCUGUUGCUGCUGGUCUGUACAUCUCUGGGGGUGCAGUACACUGCCAUACGCUCCCUCCGUGACUCCUUCAGUGGUCCAUGCCAAGACUUCACCCUCUGCCAAGAACGCCAGAGUAAAGAGCAGAGAUGGAAAUCUCUCUGCGAUGACAGCCACGUACCUGCCGAGUCCAGCGCUGCUACAUCCCAGAAACACAUCCUUCUACUUGCACAAACACGCAGCGGCUCCUCCUUUACUGGACAGCUUUUCAAUCAGCAUCCAGGCAUAUUUUAUGUCUUUGAGCCUCUCUAUCACGUCCAGCAGGCCUUCACCAAUUCUAGUAGUCGGCUGCAACGGGCUUUGGAUGGUAAAGCUCUUUUGGGGGCCUACAGAGAUCUUCUACUUAAUCUCUACAACUGUGACUUCAGCUUCCUAGAGAGUUACAUUCGCCCGGAACCGCAGGAUCACAUGACUGCGGCAUUUUUUCGCCGCAGCUCAAGCCACGCCUUGUGCACUCCGCCCGUGUGCCCGGGAGGUGGCGAGGGGAUUCUGGAAGGCCAGCCGGAUGAAUCAUGGUGUCCCAAAAAGUGCCAAGCCCUGAAUCUUUCUUUAGCCUCUCAGGCUUGCCAAGCACGGAGCCACGUGGCCAUAAAGACAGUUCGCAUCCCGGAGGUGGGAGAUCUGCGUACGCUGUCAGAGGACCCCCGUUUAGACUUAAGAAUCGUUCACUUGGUGAGAGACCCCCGAGCUAUCCUUGCCUCACGCAUGACUGCCUUUGGAGGUAAAUUUAGGGCCUGGAAAGUCUGGAACGCUACUGGUCGCCAACCACGAUAUGUGGAUCUGACACAGAUUACUAGAACGUGCAGAGAUAUCGAGUAUUCUGUGGAGACCGCUUUGCAGAAACCUACGUGGCUGAGGGGACGAUAUCUAUUGGUGCGCUAUGAAGAUUUAGCCCAUAACCCUGAAGAAAAAGGCAAGGAGAUAUACAGGUUUCUAGGGGUAGAUUUGCAUCAUCAAGUCCUCACAUGGAUUUCUCAAAACACCAAUGGUACUGCCCCAUCCUCUUCUGAGUGGAACUACAAAUACUCCACCUCAAGAGACUCUAAAGCCACCGCUCAGAGCUGGAGAGUGCAUUUAAACUUUGACAUUGUUAAGACAGUGCAAUCUUUAUGUAACAGAACUCUUUCUCUGCUCGGCUAUAAGCUUGUCCAGUCUGUAGAUGAACUGAAGGAUAUAACAAAUACUUUAACAUAGUAAAGGAAGGAGUACAUUAACAUUUACUCACAUUUUAUGACAAAUGUUAUUUUAUUUAGUUGACAUUCAUGCUAAUUGACUGGGCCCUGUUUGGCCAUCCACAGGCCCGUGGGUAUAACACCUGUCCCGUUUUGUGGCAUUACAGAUCCUGCUAUGGUAAAUGCUUUGCUAAUAAUUAGUGCUUUGGUACAUUGCUGGGUAACCUUUUCUCAACACCUCUUCAUGUGAAGUCAUUUAUAUUCAUGAGCCAAUACAUUCGCACAGGAGGAUUCUGAAAUUUUCACCCAGAGCCCUAUGCCAAUGAUUUUCAAACCAAACAUGCAUUGAUGUGACCAAAGAAUAACUAUCAACAAAAGCACAGGAUACCUGCCAUAGAGAAACAACAAAAGCUUGCAUAAAAAAAGCAUGCAUAGUGAGUUCUUGAAUAUCUUUCGGAUUGAAACCCAAACAGAACCCACAUUCCUGGCUACAGAAAGCACAUAAAAAAAUGGUAGGAGUGAGUUAGGCUAAAUUUAUAGAGCAAUCACAAUACUGCCACAUAAACAAGCAAAGAUCUAAAACAAAUUAUAUCACUGCUAUCAAUGGGCUCUACCUGAUCUUCUUUAAAACCAAGGUCCCCAAAUAAAUCUCUGAAAUCAAGCCGAUUCAGAAGGUCGGGUUCAGUUUAAAUCAGUGUCAGAUAGUUCAACUGGUUUUCAUUUAUUGAAGUCCUUAUCCUGUUUUUACAGCCCUAACUUUGCAAAUGAUCUCUGGUGGCAUUUGAGAAAAGUGAUUAUUUCAUAAUGCAAUGUCAACAUUGGGGAAAGAAGUUUAAAGCUAUAGAGUCACUUUGCCUAUUUGGCAAGUGGAUAUGCAAGUACAACAAAAUGCUUAAUUUGAUAUGCAAAUCAAAAUCCCUGUUUAAUUAAUAUGAUGUGUCCUGUUCCCUGGGCCCCCUUGAGGUCAGGCUUUUGGCUGAAUCCCAUGUGGUCCAUUGGGUUUACACAGCCCUGCUUAUCAACGUUUUGGUUAUAAACACAUGACAUUUGUCAAGUGAUGGGAUAAAUAUCUAAAAUAAUGUAUUGUUUUGAAAAUAGAAAUGUUUGGGAAUAUAAAAGUGUCAGUCUUGUUUAGCCUUAAAGGGAUAGUUCACCCGAAAAUUAAAAUUAACGUUACGUUUAAUUAAAAUUAACCCCCCAUUUACUGCCAUAAUGGGGAAAAUAAAUACUAUGGGAGUCAAUGAGGGAUUAUAUCUGUUUGGUUUCUGACAUUCUUCCAAAUAUCCUUGUGUUUAGCAGAACAAAGACAUUUAUACGAGUAAAUGAUCACAGAAUUUUCAUUUUUGGGUGAACUAUCCAUUUAAAGGAAAAGCUUACCAAAAAUAAAAGUUCUGUCAUCCUUUACUCUUAUGAUUUGCUCCUGUGAAACACACAAGGAGAUUUUUAUUGAAUCCACAGCUUUUUAUUUUAUACAAUGACUGAUGUUGCCAUCUCCUGUUGCGUUGCAGGGAAAAAAGACAGAAGGGUGAAUAAAUAAAUAAUGACAAAACUUUGAUUUUCCGGGAACUGUAGUACCCUUAAUUACACAAUGGUAUAACUUAGCAGAGAAUUUAUGCACAUGCCUUCCUGUUUGUUCUGUUAAGCAAUUAUAUUGGCUGAUCAUCUGCAUCAUAACCUUAAACUCUUACACUUUUACAUAAACACAGGAAAUAUGUUAUGUAAACAACUCAGGUAUAUGAUGAUUAAAUGCAAAUCUUAAACUGCACUGCCAAUUAAUAUAUAUGCAUAGAAAAAAGACGAAGCUAUGGAGAAAUUAAUUAUUUCUCACAGUUAUUGUGUUUCAUAUGGAAUUAUUAUUGGUUCGCUAUGAUAUAUUAUAACAUUUGUUUCUUAAAAUUAUGUAUGUAUAAAAGCUAUAUAAUUAUGUGAGAUAUUGCAUAUAUAAUUUAUUGUUGUGCUCAGUUUUAUUUGAUCAGUUUUAUGCGAUUAUGCAUCUUUUGGUAAUAUUUCUGUUUGUUCAGUUUAAACCGCCUUAUAAAAAAUUAAGCAGCAACAGUGAAAAACGGAAAUGUUUAUAAGACCUUUUCAUUCUCUUAGUACGUCUUUUGUUCUACAAAGACUUUUGAUAAAGUGCUGAUCAUCAUCAGAAGAUAAGCAGACAGAAAAGGUCUAGAUUUAUCCUUAAAAAAAAGAGAAAAUGGCCAUGGCUCAAAACCCCUUUUUAGUAGAUUCAAAAGUAAUAGAAGCAGCCUGCUGCCUGCCUUCCUGCCAUUAUAUUUCAUGGAAGAUAAGUACUGAAGGCUGCAUUGAAUGAAUGAAUACAGAAUGCUUGCUAUUUUCCAACUCACAUAUUGUUAUAUACUGUUAUAUAGACACACUGAUUGUACAACAGUUUAUGCACUAAAGUAAUACUAUGACAAAGUUAUCGUUUUUCCUAAAGAACACAGUGGAUGCAGAUAAUCAUACACAAAUCCAUUAUCUCUAUAGUAUAAUCUUUAAAGGUGCUGUGUGUCAUUUUUUGGAGGCUCUAUUAACAGUAAUGCAAUAUAAUAUACAGUACAUAACUAUGUCUUCAGAGCUGU